AUGGAUGCUUGUAUUAGAGGAGAGAUUUUGGAUGAGUCUCAUACCACUCCUUUUUCAUUGCACUCAGGCACCACAAAGAUGUAUCUGGAUCUGAAAUCUUUGUAUCGGUGGCCAAUGAUGAGGAAAGAUGUAAUGGAAUAUGUGGAAAAGUACCUAACUUGUCAUCAGGUGAAGGCUAAACACCAGAGGCCUGCUGGGUUAUUACAACCUUUAGGUGAUCCUGAGUGGAAGUGGGAAGACAUCAUUAUGGAUAUUGUAGUGGGUUUGCCUAGAAUGGUGAGGCAACAUAAUUCGGAGGUACGUGUCAGAUACCAUGUGUUGAGGUAUGAGGAUCUAGAACAACAGACAAAUUUUUCCUAUGAAGAGGAGCCAGUUCAGAUUUUGGACCAGAAAGAUAAUGUCUUUAGAAACAAGACUAUUCCUCUGGUUAAAGUAUUGUGGAAAAACAACAAAGACGAGGAGGCAACUUGGGACUCAGAGUCAGAUAUGCGGGAUCAGUAUCCCAAGCUAUUCAAGUAA